AUGGCUGAUGAAGAUGGUAUCCCACCCUUAGAAGAUAUGACUCCUCUAGUCCAGCGUGUCAAGGAAAUUCAAUUGAAGAAAGAAAAGUCAAUUUCUGCAAGUGGGUCUUCUGUUCUGUCUAAUCAGCCGGAAACUAAAACUUUAUAUAAAGAAGCUUCGAAUGAAGCGAAAAAAUCAUUUGGAGGAAUGCAGAAGGGAUUUUUAUUUGGUAGUAAACCAAAACCAAGCAAGCCAAAUGCAGGUGGUGAAAAGGAACCAGAUUAUGUGGUGAAGCCGAAAGAAAAUAAGGAAAGCCAUUUAGUUUUUGAUGAUGUUCAAAAUGCUAUGAAGGAAACUGGAAACAAACUUCUUGAUGAUAAAACGUGGAUCACAGAGGAUCUUCUAAAGUCCAUUGAGAGCAAUGAUGAUCUUUUGAAGCAACUAUCUGAUCCGAAGUUUAAUCAAGCAAUUCAAUGGAUGCAAAAAGACCCAAAAGCAGCGAUGGAAUAUUACAAAAAUGAUGCUCAAGUCCAGUUGUUUUUUAAGCAAUUUUAUAAAAUUCUAGGUCAGCACUUUACUGAACUUGCUGACGUAUCUGACAAAGAUAAUGGAGCAACAUCCUCUAACAAAGUUGAUACGCAGAUGACAGAGCAAGACAAGAAUGAAAUGGAUCGAAUUUUAUCAAAUCCAGAAAUAAAGUCAAUUCUGAUGAAGCCAGACAUACAGAACCUUUUUACUUUGUUAAAAACUGAACCCGAUAAAGUACAACAACUUUUACGAACCUGUGAACCAAGAAUGAGAUCUGAUAUUCAGAAACUUGUGGAAGCAAGACUGCUUGACUUUCAGCAGCAAUAG